GCGACAACGCCUUCAAACUUCUUUUGUUCCCAGCUGCGACAAAAAGACGACAAACGACGAGGAAGCCAAGCCGACAAGAUGGGUGCCCUCAAAUACGUGGAAGAGCUUCAAAAGAAGAAGCAAUCUGACGUGCUUCGCUUCCUGUUGCGCGUCCGGUGCUGGGAGCUCCGUCAACUCAAUGUGAUCCACCGUGCUUCCCGCCCCUCGCGCCCUGACAAGGCUCGCCGUCUCGGUUACAAGGCCAAGCAGGGAUACGUUAUCUACCGUGUCCGUGUUCGCCGUGGAGGACGCAAGCGCCCUGCUCCUAAGGGUGCCACCUACGGCAAGCCCACAAACCAGGGUAUCAAUCAACUCAAGUACCAGCGCUCUCUCCGCUCCACCGCUGAGGAGCGUGUUGGCCGCCGCGCCGCCAACUUGCGUGUGUUGAACUCGUACUGGAUCAACCAGGACUCUACCUACAAGUACUUCGAAGUCAUCUUGGUCGACCCCCAGCACAAGGCUAUCCGCCGUGAUCCUCGCAUCAACUGGAUCGUCAACCCGGUCCACAAGCACCGUGAAUCCCGUGGUCUCACUGGAAUCGGAAAGCAGUCCCGUGGUAUCAAGAAGGGCCACGGCUACACCAAGACCAACGCCGGCCGGAGAAAGACCUGGAAGCGCCACAACACCCAGAGCUACUGGCGAUACCGUUAAACGUGGAUGGGAGGGUUUUGUGUGUUCUUACGAAAAUCAUGGCACUAUUCUUGGUUUCCUGGGGAUCUGCUACGCUCAGACAAAAUUAUUUCUUAUGAUGAUCAUUCCAUUGAGGGUUUACAGCGUGUUCUUAAUGAAAGGUUGUCAGAUCUGACAUUGGCCGCGAAGAAUAAAACUGGACAUUCUAGCCUGCAAUUCUUAAAUAUGUGCUGUGCGUAGUGUAUGGUGUAGAGUAAAUUAUGUCGAAAAUGAUGACUCUUUCCCUACGAGUCCUAAACAUCACCGAGGUGAGAUUGGGCUUGUUUGAGGUAGCUCAUAUUCACUUUUGCCCGCUCGUUGGGAGUUUACUACUGUUACUAGUUCUGAU